UGGCGGGGGCGGGGCCUGUCAUGGCGGCCUCGAGAGUCAAUUCCAGGAACCCUGAGGAUGAACUGACCCUUUUAUUCACUAUUCCACAUCGAGCUGCAAACCCAUCAGAUGGAACCAUGUGAUCAUUGUGGCCACCAGCUGACCCCACAGCCACCUUGUGCCUCCCUUGGACCCACCCAGGAAUUUCUGAGCCUUCUUUAUGGGCCUGGCAGGCUAGGCACUAAUUGCAUGUUGACUGACCAGCUACUCUUCUGGGUCUGGAAUGAGGCUUCAAGGACCAAGGAACUGUGGAGGCAGCUGUGUCUGAGACGCUGGUCCUCCUGUAAAGCCUCCCAGACGACCCUGGGCACACAGACAUGGAAACAGUACUAUCUCUGCUGAUCCGAGCUGGAGUUCCGAAUGGAAUCUGGGUGGCCAGAGAAGGACUUUAUCUGCAAAGCCAUUGCUGGGCACAAAGGAGAGAUAGAUGAGCUGGCCUACAUCUCAACAGAGUACUGGUUUGAUGGGCGGGAGGAGUCCGUGGUGUGCACCGUGUCGUCAGAUGGCACCGUGUGUGCCUGGGAUCUGCAAGAGGGCACGGAGAUCUGUUGAGCCCUCUACAGCCUGCAGCUCCGGUGAAUUUGGUGACUUACCCUCGGCUGCAACUGGUUGUCACCGUGGACGAGCAGGGACUGAUCAAAGUAUGGAAAGCAGAGAAUGGGUGUGAGCAAGCCUCCUGCCUGCCUACAUACUCGUCUUCAUUGGAGGCCUGAGACUUUCCAGAAGGCCCCCUCCUGCUGUCUCCACGAGGGCCCAACUCAAAGGAAAACUGAGGCAUGUUCGACAGAAUGCAAGCAUUUGCCUCAGAUGAUGAAGGCCUUCUGCUGCCAGGACAUUUGUUUUAGAGGUGAUUCUUGGGCAUUGGGAGGGAGCAUUUGGCCAGAGAGAAAUGGCAAAAGUGGGUGUUAGCUGGCAGAUUGAGGAAGUAGCUCUCACCUGGGGGCAGUAUCCUCCUCCUGGAGGGAAGGAGGUCUUUGCAAGUGUGGGCAAACUGGCAUCCCAAAUAUCAAGAUGAGCAGACAUCCAGGAACAGUUUCAUAUGUAAACAGAACUAACUCUGUAAAAGAACUAAGCUCGUAAACAAAAAAAGUAAAACCUGAUGAAACAGAUUUCACAUAAACAACUCUAGUUGUUUAAAGAAGACUUUGGAAUAAGUGUAAUUAACAUCUCCAGAGCAAUUUGAGAAUAUAUUGUGUAGAUGAAGAGGAAGCCACUAAGUUUCUCUCCUGGGAAUGGUAGAGCACAUGAUUCACACAUACUUGUCAGUGAAGGACAAUUAGAAAAAUUAGAAUAUAUAUCAAGUCAGAGAGCUAAAAAGAGCAAACGGUUUCUAGGCCAAGAUUCAGAAGAUGGCAGAAAUCAAAGUGCUGAGCCUAACAAUGGGGCUGCUUUUGCCCUGGAGAUGUUUACUACAAAGCUAAGGGGCUGAGCAGAGCUUAAUAGCCAAGUAGACAAAAGUUGGACUGCAGGGCCACCAAGGAAUGGAGCCCUGUGAAUCCUCUUACGUUGGGUGGGUUAUCAAGUUUCAGCCUAAGAGUGAGGGUGGUCUGAAAGUAAACAGUCCCUGAACUGGCUGCAGCUGCCCAGUUACUGGCUGGGAGUAAAUGAAAAUCCUUUCUGGAGAAGGUUAACAACUCCCAAGGCCUCUCUUUUCAAAUACAGUGUUCAGCACUCACUUAGAGAUAAGUAGGCACAUGAGGUAAGAUGAUAUGAACUACCCAAGGCAAUCUACAGAUUCAGUGCAAUCCCUAUCAAACUACCAUUGGCAUUUUUCACAGAACUAGAGCAAAUUUUUUUUUUUUUAAUUACAUGGAAACACAAAAGACCCCGAAUAGCCAAAGCAAUCUUGAGAAAGAAAAAUGGAGCUGGAGGAAUCAGACUCCCUGACUGCAGACUAUACUACAAAGCUACAGUAAUCAAAACAGUAUGGUACUGGCACAAAAACAGAAAUAUAUAUCAAUGGAAUAGGAUAGAAAGCCCAGAAAUAAACUCACGCUCCUAUGGUCAAUUAAUCUAUGGCAAGGGAGGAAAGAAUAUACAAUGGAGAAAAAACAGUCUCUUUGAUGAGUGGUGCUGGGAAAACUGGACAGCUACAUGUAAAAGAAUGAAAUUAGAACAUUCUCUAACACCAUACACAAAAAUAAACUGGAAAUGGAUCAAAGACCUAAAUGUAAGGCCAGACACUAUAAAACUCUUAGAGAAAAACAUA